AUGGCUAUCAGUAUUGGUAUUAACGGUUUCGGUCGUAUUGGUCGUUUAGUUUUAAGAGUCGCUUUAUCUAGAGAAGAUAUUAACGUUGUUGCUAUCAACGAUCCAUUUAUUGCUCCAGAUUAUGCUGCUUAUAUGUUCAAGUAUGAUUCUACCCACGGUAAAUACAAGGGUGAAGUUACUUCUCAAGGUGACAACUUGAUCAUUGACGGUAAGACCAUCAAGGUUUUCCAACAAAGAGACCCAGCAGAUAUCCCAUGGGGUGCCAACAAGGUUGAUUACGUUAUUGAAUCCACCGGUGUCUUCACCAAGAUUGACGGUGCUGACAAGCACAUCAAGGCUGGUGCCAAGAAGGUUAUCAUUACCGCUCCAUCUGCUGACGCUCCAAUGUUUGUUGUUGGUGUUAACGAAGACAAGUACACUUCUGACUUGAACAUCAUUUCCAAUGCUUCUUGUACCACUAACUGUUUAGCUCCAUUAGCUAAGAUUGUUAACGACAAGUUCGGUAUUGAAGAAGGUUUAAUGACCACUGUCCACUCUAUCACUGCUACUCAAAAGACUGUUGAUGGUCCAUCCCACAAGGACUGGAGAGGUGGUAGAACUGCUUCUGGUAACAUUAUCCCAUCUUCCACUGGUGCUGCUAAGGCCGUCGGUAAGGUUAUCCCAGAAUUAAACGGUAAGUUAACCGGUAUGUCUUUAAGAGUUCCAACUGUUGAUGUUUCCGUUGUUGAUUUAACUGUCAGAUUAAAGACCCCAGCUACCUACGAAGAAAUUUGUGCUGCUGUCAAGGCUGCUUCUGAAGGUGAAUUAAAGGGUGUUAUGGGUUACACUGAAGAUGCCGUUGUCUCUACUGACUUCUUAGGUUCUUCUUACUCUUCCAUCUUUGAUGCUAAGGCUGGUAUCUUAUUAUCCCCAACCUUUGUUAAGUUGAUCUCUUGGUACGAUAACGAAUACGGUUACUCCACCAGAGUUGUUGACUUAUUACAACACGUUGCUAACCAAGCUUAA